CUUUAAUUAAACUAAAAUUCGGUUUUGACCCAAAAUCCUGUGUCAAACUUUCUGACCUUCCCGUCCUUAAAACCUCCUGCUACCUCUUCUUAGUUCUUCCCCAUAACUGAAGUCGCCAUUUUUGCAACUUCCUUCUAGUAGAGUUCGAAGUUUCGAACUACACCCGUAUUUGGUGGUAAACACAGGAUUUGAGUUUAAGAAACAAAAAAACAACAAAUAUCAAAAUGCAGCCGCUAAACAUUAUAUUUCUGGUUGUGUUGGUUGGAGCACUUCUGGAGAAUCAAGUGGCUUCUAGUCUUGUUGAGAAUGAUAAACAAGCAUUGCUCUCUUUCGCGAACAAUCUCCACCAUUCCAGAUCCCUGAACUGGAAUGCGGAGCUGCCAGUCUGCAUGAACUGGACUGGAGUGGAGUGUAGUGAAGAUGGGUCUAGAGUGAUAGCAUUGAGGCUACCUGGGGUUGGAUUUAACGGUUCCAUCCCUGUGAAUACUCUCAGCCGUUUAUCAGCAUUGCAGAUCUUGAGCCUCAGAUCCAACGGUAUUUCUGGAAACUUCCCUCUUGAUUUUGGAAAGUUGAGCAACUUGUCGUAUCUUUAUUUGCAGUACAACAAUUUCUCUGGUCCUUUGCCUUUAGAUUUCUCUGUUUGGAAGAACCUCUCGGUUGUUGACUUGUCUAGCAAUAGGUUCAGUGGUAGCAUUCCCAUUACAGUGUCUGGUUUGAGUAACCUCACUUCUUUAAACCUUGCCAAUAACUCAAUCUCGGGAGAAAUCCCUGACUUGAAUUUGCCUAAUCUGCAAUAUCUCAAUUUGUCUCACAAUAAUCUCACUGGUAUAGUGCCAAAGUCAUUCCAAAGGUUUCCUAGGGCUGUGUUUGUGGGAAACAAUGUUUCCUUGUUUGAUGAUUUCGCUUCUUCAAUUCCCAUUGUUUCUCUUCCUCGAGAACCAACCAGCAGUGUUCCAAAGUCAAAGAGUUUCGGAAAAUUGAGAGAGAGGGGAAUUCUUUGGAUUUCAGUUUCUGUUAGUGUUCUUGGGGUAGUGGGAUUUGGUUGUCUGUUUCUUGUUUGUUGUCUUAGAAGACAAGACGAUGAAGCAUUCUUGGGGAAGUUGGAGAAAGGAGGCAUGUCUCCAGGGAAGGCUGUUUCAGGGGCUGAAGAUGCAAAUAAUGGAUUGGUAUUCUUUGAGGGUAGUAAUUAUGUGUUUGAUUUGGAGGACCUCUUGAGAGCUUCUGCUGAGGUGCUUGGAAAGGGCACCUUUGGAAUGACUUAUAAGGCAAUACUAGAGGACGCAAUUACAGUAGUCGUGAAGAGGUUGAAGGAUGUGGGAGUCGGGAAGAAGGAAUUUGAGCAUCUGAUGGAGGCAGUGGGAAGCAUUAAACAUGAGAAUGUGAUUGAGCUUAGAGCUUAUUACUAUUCCAAAGAAGAGAAGCUCAUUGUGUGUGACUACUCCAGCCUGGGAAGUGUUGCUGAAAUGCUGCAUGGUAAAAUGGGGGGAGAAAGUAGAGCACCACUGGAUUGGGAAAUAAGGUUAAGGAUAGCCAUAGGUGCAGCCAGGGGUAUAGUUCGAGUUCAUGGUGAGACUAGUGCAAAGCUAGCUCAUGGGAACAUCAAGUCCUCCAACAUUUUCCUAAACUCCAAACAAUACGGCUGCAUUUCUGAUGUUGCCCUGUCAUCAUUGAUGACCUCGUUGGCCCCACCAGUGGCUCGUGCUGCAGGUUACCGUGCCCCAGAAACCCUUGAUACUCGCAAACCAACACAUUCUUCUGAUGUCUACAGCUUCGGUGUGCUGCUGCUGGAGCUUCUCACCGGGAAAUCCCCCAUCCACACAACGGCUGGGGAUGAAAUCAUACAUUUAGUCCGGUGGGUUCAUUCUGUGGUUAGGGAGGAGUGGACUGCUGAAGUGUUUGAUAUAAACCUGUUAAGGAUCCCGGGAAUAGAGGAAGAAUUGGUGGAGAUGCUGCGGAUUGCUCUGUCGUGUGUGGUCAGGUCGCCCGAUCAAAGACCCAAAAUGGCAGAGGUAGUUAAAAUGAUUGAAAAUAUUAGGCAGUCUGAUCAUUCAGAGAGGAACAUGGAAUCAUCUUAAAAUGCAACAUACUAGUAGAAACUCAAUAACAAUUCAUUUGUAUCCCACAUUGCUAUAAUCUGAUUCUACUUGGGUUAAAUUGUAUAUUCACUGUAUAAGUUAUCAGUGGACUCAGGAUUAUUCUCAGUCACUAAAUCAGAGUAAUUAGAGGGGUGGAUUAUUCCGAAAGCCGUAGAUCUAUGUACGGCUGUGUUAGUGUGUUAGUAGGUAAUGCUAGCUAGCUCCAAACCAGCUUGGGAAGCUAGGUUAUGUGCAUGUUGACAAUCAGUUAAUGAAAAUCUCUUGCACAUAAUGUUUACCGAUUAAGAGAUGAUAAUUAUCAAUACUACUCCUGUUCUUCUAUUAUUUUGUUAUUUGUUAUGUAAUUCUUUUUAGGAAGUUCUUAUGGUUCC